AUGUGGCCUCGGCCUCGUUGACUGGUUUAGCAUGGCGGCGAUCUUGCUUGCUUUCGCGGUAUCUAUGACACAUCGGCGUCCUUUUAACUUCCCCUUUCCCGGGUUGCUUCCUUAAAUCGUGGAUGCUGGCUUGGGCAUAUAUGCAUCCUCGACUAUCUUGGCUGCCCUUGACCGUUUCAUGUGAAUGCUCGAGUCUGUCGUCGAUGCUGCGGCCGGAAAUCAACGGCGGUGGUCUGGAGCAUUGCGCGGUAUCAACAUAGCGGCCGGAAAUGGCUGAUAACACCCCAAUAGACAUCAUUCACUCGCGAGAAUUUGACGAGACCCCCGAUCUAGAUCCGUUGUAUCAGAUAGACGACCAACAGGAGCCGGCUCCCAAGGAUACAGAAAUCAAGCACGGGCACGACGUCCUCCCGGAUGGUGGUUAUGGCUGGAGCUAUGGUGUCUUCCUGUCUUACUACCUCUCAAGCAACGUGUUCCCCAACACUUCCGCGCUAUCUUACGCCUUCACCGGCGGCUUGAGCAUCUCCUGCGCCCUCCUGGUAGCCCCUUUAGCAACGCACCUCAUCCACCUCUGCGGUACCCGUACGGUCCUCAACCUCGGAGUCUUCUUCGAGACACUGUCCUUAAUCGGCUCUUCUUUCGCCACGCAACGAUGGCACAUCUUCCUCAGCCAGGGAGUCUGCUUUGGAUGGGGAAUGGGCUUUCUCUUUGUUGGAAGCGUGGGUAUAACUCCUCAAUGGUUCCAUCGAUGUCGCAGCCUCGCAAUGGGCAUCAAUGCAGCCGGAUCCGGCAUUGGGGGACUUAUCUACUCCCUUGCCGUCGGGGCCAUGAUCCCGAGACUCGGCCUGAGCUGGGCCUUCCGAAUCCUGGGUAUCAUCUCUUUCGUCGUAAAUUUGGUGUGUGCCAACCUAAUGAGAGACCGGAACCAUGAUAUCGGAAGCAAAUACCACGCCUUUGCCUUUCCUCUAUUCAAACGUCCCGAGUUCCUCCUCUUCCUCGGCUGGGGCGUCUUCAGCAUGCUCGGCUACGUGGCCCUCCUAUUCAGCGUUGCCAAUUUCUCGCUGUCCGUCGGUCUUACCUCCCACCAGGGUAGUAUUGUCAGUGCCUUGCUCAACCUUGGUCAGGGUCUAGGACGUCCUAUCGUGGGUAUGUUUAGUGAUAAGCUGGGGCGGAUCAACAUCGCCACAUUCUUGACUUUUCUUUGUGGAUUAUUCUGCUUGGUCAUAUGGACGUUCGCUCGCAGCCUGGGUGUGGUUUUGUUUUUCGCUAUCCUCGUGGGCACCGUGGCUGGUACGUACUGGGCCACGGUAACCCCCGUGCUGGCGGAGAUCAUCGGUCUGCGAGACCUCCCCAGUGGUCUUAGCGUUACCUGGCUUGUUCUGGUUCCGCCCACGACGGUGUCCGAGGCCAUUGCUCUUGUCUUGAGGGACAACGGCUCUAAGAAUUUGGUCUAUUUGAAGGUCCAGAUCUUCACAGGGUUUAUGUACAUCGGCGGGGCGGUGUGUCUGUGGCUCGUGAGAGGAUGGAAGAUAGGUGAUCUUGCGAGAAGACAGGAGCUAUCUGCUGUGAUGCCCCCUAAUAACAAGGAAGAUGAGAGUCCUGAACAGCUGGGUGAGAAAUAUCAUGCCCCGAAUGGAACAACCCCCCCAGGAACCCGGGAGGCGAAGAAAUUUGAGCUGUGGUCUCCGACCCAUCUACUGCGUAGCAUGGUGGCUUCGAAGAAGGUUUAG